AUGGACACCGCCUCCCCCUACCCCAACAGCGCGUUAAGCAACACGCGCUUCUCCGAACUCAAGCCUCCUCUCUCCGAACCCGUUCUCCAAGCCCUAACCGCCGCCGGCUUCGACUUCUGCACUCCGGUUCAAGCCGCCACAAUCCCCUUGCUAUGUAGCUUCAAGGACGUCGCCGUCGACGCCGCCACCGGCUCCGGCAAAACCCUAGCCUUCGUCGUCCCCCUCGUCGAGAUCCUCCGCCGCGCUUCCACCGAUCCCAAACCUAACCAGGUGAUGGGAAUGAUCAUAUCUCCGACGAGAGAGCUGUCCUCGCAGAUUUACAACGUGGCGAGGCCGUUCAUUUCGACGUUGCCGAAUUUCAAGUGUGUGCUUUUGGUUGGAGGAGGCAGUGUGAAAGCUGACAUGAAGCUGAUUCAGGAGGACGGAGCCAAUCUGCUGAUUGGGACACCAGGUAGACUCUACGACAUUAUGGACCGCAUGGAUAGCUUGGAUUUGCGGAGCUUUGAGAUUUUGAUUUUGGAUGAGGCGGAUAGGCUGCUGGAUAUGGGGUUCCAGAAGCAGCUGACUGAUAUUAUAUCUCGCGUGCCAAAGCUGAGAAGAACUGGUCUUUUUUCGGCUACUCAGACUGAGGCAGUUGAGGAGCUGGCCAGGGCGGGAUUGAGGAAUCCAGUGAGGGUUGAAGUACGUGCAGAGUCUAACUCAAAUAAGGAUUCAGCAUUGUCGCAGCAAUCAGCGUCGUCCAAAACACCUUCUGGACUUGCUCUUGAGUAUAUGGAGUGCGAGGCAGACAAGAAGCCGUCACAGCUUGUGGAUAUUCUUAUUAAGAAUAAGUCUCACAAGACCAUAGUGUAUUUCAUGACAUGUGCUUGUGUUGACUACUGGGGAGUUGUUCUUCCAUGUCUUGCUCCCUUGAAGGAUUUCAAUUUGAUUGCUCUCCACGGGAAGAUGAAACAGGUCGCAAGGGACAAAGCUCUGGCCUCAUUUACAUCUCUCUCAAGUGGCGUCCUUCUAUGCACUGAUGUUGCAGCCCGUGGACUUGACAUUCCGGGUGUUGACUGUAUAGUGCAGUAUGAUACACCUCAAGAUCCUAAUGUUUUCGUACAUAGAGUUGGCAGAACUGCACGUAUGGGUAGACAAGGAAGUGCAAUUGUUUUCCUAUUACCAAAGGAGGAAGCUUAUGUGGAAUUCCUGCGGAUAAGAAGAGUUCCUCUUCAAGAAAGGAAAUGUCCGGAUGAUGUCUCUGAUGUUGUUCCUCAGAUACGGUCUGCUGCAAAAAAAGACCGUGAUAUCAUGGAAAAGGGCAUGCGAGCUUUUGUUUCUUACAUCCGUGCAUAUAAAGAACACCACUGCUCCUACAUUUUCAGGUGGAAAGAACUUGAAAUUGGGAAGUUGGGCAUGGGAUUUGGACUACUACAGCUCCCUGCAAUGCCCGAGGUAAAGCACAACACACUUUCCACGGAGGGUUUCACCCCAGUAGCAGACAUCAACUUGGAGGAGAUCAAAUAUAAGGACAAAUCUCGUGAGAAGCAAAGGAGGAAGAAUCUGCUAGCAAAGAAAGAGGCAAAAAACCAAGAUCCUAAACCUCAAAAAACCAACAAAAAUCCAAGUGCCACAGCUAAGGUGAUGAAGAAGAAAACAGCUAAGAAAAGACGCGCUGAACAGACAGUUGAAGAUGCUGAUGAGUUGACGAGAGAAUAUCGCCUGCUAAAAAAGCUGAAAAAGGGGACUAUUGAUGAAGCUGAGUUUGCUAAGAUGACAGGAACUGAAGACUUGCUUUGAAGUCAGAGUCAUAUUCUACAGAAUGGGAUUUUGGGAAUCCAGGCAUUGCUUAAGUGACAGAAAAGACUUUAGCCAUGGAUUGGGACAUAUUUUUACAGAAGCAGCCAUCACCAAGCAAUUUUUCAGAGAGAAACCACACGGAUGCAACAAGCAAAAGCGGGGAGGCAACUUCCUAGGUGAUGGAUUCAAUGAGCUUCUUGGUCCUGCCACAGUCCUCGUUGUGGAUGAGGGUCUGUAACUGGGUUGAAAGUUUCAACUCCUGUUUGGCUGUUUCCUAUUUAGUUUAACUUGUAAUCUUCAUAAUAGAUUUGGUCUUGCUACGAUUUGCAAAGCAAGAACAGAGAGAAUACACAUGUUGACAGCUGAUAGUUUUCCAUCAAUGAAACACUGCUAUACAUUUUUCUGCUCC